AGAAUAUUAUGGUAAAUAUAAAUUUUUGUCUUUUAAAAAUGCUCCAGAAAUGGUACUUUAAUAAUUUUAAAUACCUACUUAACCUGCAAUUACAAUUAUUUUUAGAGAAGUCACUGAUAAAAAGGAAUUAGAAGAGGAACUUAAACCUGAAUAAGUGAGAUAAGCAUUAUUUACAGGUAAACAUUCUUAUGAAGAAAUAAAGAGUUUCUUAGAUUCAGUAAAAAUAUAUAAUAAUAUUAUUAGUUUGAUGAAACCAAGAAGACAUCUCAUAAAAAGGUCAUUGAGAUUUCUACUUAAGAAUAAUUAUUAGAACAUUGUAACAAAAAGUAAAAAUUGUGUUAUAUUGCACUUUUAAAUGGAGAACAUAAAAGAUUAAAACAUGAUGAUAUAUUAACAAAAUGGGAAUAUUAAUUAGAAGUUUUAGAUAGAAUUAAAAAUGCUCAUGGUGAUAAAUAAGCUUCUUUUGUUUAUAUUGAUGCUUCAUGUCAUGAUGAAGUAUUAUUAAAAUUUGAUAUAUCUGAUGAUUCUUUACCUAAUUUUGUUGCUUAUUAGAAAACUAAAAAACUGUAAUUUAUAUUAUAAUUAUUAGAUAUUCUAAAUUAAUUGGACGAUUUGAUUAUGAAUCUAUUAAUAAAUUCAUAGAUAAAUAGUAUAAAGGUUAAUCAAGCAAUAUUUAAAUAUAAGAACUUGAAAUAUUUGAAAAAGAUUGUGAAGAAGUAUUUGCAAAGAGAAGAGAAGCCAGUUAAUAAUCUGGACUUUCUGAUUUUGAUGAAGAAAUAUUAAAAGAGAUAUUGGAGGAAGAGAAAUAAAGAAAGAAAGAAUUAGAAAAAGAAUUAAAAAAGGGAAAGAAAAAGAAUAAAAAAUCAAAAGAUGAUUUAUGA